AUUUCCUCCCACCCUCCUGAGCCAGAUUCCCAACUCUGCUACCUUCCCCUCUCUGCUACCUCAGCAGGGAACUCCCAUCUGCUCCUGAUGUCCCAUCGCGCCCUCAGCUGUCCCGGAAUCCCUUUUGGGAGGACCCCUUGCUCCAGCCCCCUGAGCCCCGGCCUUUGGCCAGUGAGGCAGGGCUCAUGGGACUACUUUUGAUUCAGAGGUCCGGGAGGGAGUGGAUGAUUGGGCUUCCUGAGGAAGUGAGAACACCUCAGGGUCUUGCCUGCUGUGAGUGCCUUGAAGAGGGAGCAGCGGGCACGGCCAAAGAGACACCUGGCUCAAGGACCAAUAAGGAGUAUGGCUGCCCCUCCCAAAGCUCCCAUCCGUGUCAGGAAUUUGACCAUCAGAGCAGGAGUCCUCACUGGGAAGGAGAACAACAUGCUGCAGCCCGAGACCCACAUCUUCACAGCCUCCGAGGAGGGGAGCUCCCAAGGGGCUCUGCUGCUUGGCCAGGCCCCAGAAUCUUUGUCUCUGCCUCGUACUCCAGUGACCUUGGAGCAGCAACUGGUUUCUCCUUCUGGAGAUCCCCACAGGCCCCCUGCCCUGCCCAGCAUAUGCUCAACUCUGAUCCUCCAGCCCUGUGCCACCCUUGACCCUCUUCUACUGCAGCCACAGGUCCCCAAAGUCUCUGACCAGGCUUUGGUUUCUGCCCACUCAGAGUGGCAGCGGAAACUGGAGGCCGCUGAGGCUCUGCUGACUCUGAGAAACUCUGCCCAAGCCCCUCCUGACUCCAUCUCCCUGCACCAGCCUUGCAACCCACCAGCUCCUGCUGGAGAUAAAGGAUUCCAGCCUCCCAGCCCCUCUCUCCGCCCCAGGCCAGCCAGCUCCAUCUCGCUGCCUAUUGGACAUCUGGGAUGCAUCUCCCUCUUGAGCUAGGAACCCAGGGGAGGAGGCCUCAACAGAGCACUGCCUAUUUAGUAUCCAGUUUCUGAAUGUGCAAAAUGGUUAACGUCCAAAACGCUUAACAUCCUUUUUUUUUUUUUUUUUUUUUUUUUUUAAGCCUUCAGGUGUUUUAUAAGCUUUUUAUUAUAUGGGGCAAUUCCUUGACUGAAGGUGGAUAUUCUUGUACCUCUAUCCCUCACUCUUUCGGAUGCCGGGGCCUUUUUCUGUUUCGUAAAGACAGGAUUGUGCAAUCUAAGUUGAUCAGUCUCUCAGUGGGAUUCUGUGUGGGUUCAUAUGCCAGAGUUUUUAUUCGUCUUGUGAUUGCUGACAUACCUGUGCACUCAUGUGCGUACCCAUGCUUGUGGAAACAUGAAGAUGUUUUCACUUUGUGUCUAGGUUUAUGUACGUGAACAAAUAAUAAACCCUUGUUGUUAUAAGGCA